UGUAGUAGCAAUUUGGUUAUUGUUGAUGAAUCGAAAGGCAAACGAACUGAAUAAAGUGACUCCUGUGCAUUUCCCUUGAAAGCAAAAUCUAAUUUAUCAUUUCGAUAAAUAAAUAAAGUGAGAAAAAAAUGGCCACAGUGUCAAAAGAAGAAAAUCAUAAUCUUCCAGUUAACAACAGUGAUAUUGGCGAUGCAUUUGGCUAUGGAAGCAGAAAUGCAGUGUCUCCUCUUCCAGGACCUCUUCGUACGGCUCCAACCGAGCGCUAUGCGACCCACUAUAAUAUGAGUCAUGCAAAACGUGGUGUUGCUCUAAUUUUUAACCAUGAAUUUUUUAAUGUCAGCCAUUUGAAACAACGCUGUGGAACGAAUGUUGACUGCGAAAAUGUCGUUAAUACACUGCGCAAUCUUGGCUUUGAAGUCAAUGAUUUCCACAAUUUGGCUCAUCGAGAUAUUGUCAAAAAUUUAGAAAGAGUCGCAGAAAUGGAUCAUUCAAAUCAUGAUUGCGUGCUCGUUGCGGUUCUCUCGCAUGGGGAAUUAGGUUUACUUUAUGCUCAUGACACGCCUUAUAAAGCCGAUUCAAUUUGGAUGCAUUUCACUGCUGACAAGUGUCCUUCGUUAGCUGGUAAGCCGAAAUUGUUCUUCAUUCAAGCUUGUCAGGGCGAUAAACUCGACGGUGGAAUCUCCCUUAAAGAACGAACCGAAACUGAUGGAAUGCCUAACAGUACAUUCCGUAUUCCAAGCCACGCAGAUUUUCUAAUUGCUUAUUCCACUAUUCCAGGUUUUUAUUCCUGGAGGAAUACAACUCGUGGCUCUUGGUUUAUGCAAGCUUUAUGCACGGAAUUCCGUGAAAAUGGCAAUCGUUACGAUCUCUUGACAUUAUUAACAUUUGUCUGUCAGCGUGUUGCAAUGGAUUUCGAGUCAAAUACACCAGACAAUGAGAAUAUGCAUCAACAAAAACAAAUUCCAUGCAUUACUUCAAUGCUCACUCGAUUGGUGAAAUUCCCACAAAAACCAACAAAUGGAAUUGGUUCAUAAAUUCUAAAAUUAUUCAAUAUAUUUUCAUUUAAAACAAAAUUGAUUGGAAUUGAAUCAAUAUUUUUUUCUCUAAUUUCACAGUGGCAUGAAAAUAAUUCGAUUUUUUAUUUUUUUUGGAGAAAGAAGAAAAAAUUUGGUAAUCUUUUAUUUACUUCAAAUAUUGCUAUAAUUAUUAGAAGAAAUUCUUUUUUAAAGGAAUUUUUUUCCUUAUUUCAAAUUGCGACAAAUAUCUAAAUGUGAAAGUAAAUAACUUAUAAAACUAAAAUUUAAACCUUCUUGGUUAAAUAUUAUAAAAGUAUACCAUUGUCUUUCAUCUUCAUUGAAGAAGAAUAAAAAUAUUAAAAAAUACAAGAACAAAAUAGAGUAAAAAUAGAAAAUCUGAGAAAAUCUUCUCUAGAAAUUUACCGAAUUAUUUUGCGCUUUCAAUGUCUGUAUUGCCAUAAGAUUAAAUAUCUAUUAUAUAUGCAAUUUUAUAUAUAUAUAUAAAAAUUUAAAAAAAAAAAUUUUAAUAAUUGUAAUUGACUUAUAUUCCGUAACUAAAUUGAAAAUCUUGAAAAGCGGAUAGAAGGGAAUUAAAUUAAAAAAUAACUACAUAUUCUUAAUCCUCUUAAUAUUAAAAAAAAAAUAAAAUAGUGCAAUUAUAAUGUCAAUUUUACCCAAUACUCUUAAAUUGUGAUUUUCCUAAACCGUGUAGUAAGAUUUUUUAUUACUAUACUUUUUUUUCCUUAUACCAUUUGUAAUUUUUCAAAGUUUUGCAUUUAUAACUUUUGUACAACGAAGGCAUUUAGAAAAAUUUAUUAUUGUGAAUAAGAGUUGAAUCUACUUAAAUGUUUUGCUCAGAAAAAAGCCGUAUGGUGCUUUAUAAUGAUUUAAGUUAGUUAAUCAUUUUUAUGUUAAAUAGAUUAUAGAAGUACUACUUCAAAGUUGAUAUGAAAAAUUUCUAUUUCUAUAUUUAAAAAAGUUUUUACUUGAUUUAUGAUUAAAAUUCUACGGCUAUUUGACCACAGGGAACAAAGAGACCACUAAAAAAAAUUAAUUUCUAAUCAUCUCAAGUCAAAAACAUUUAUAAAUAUAGUUUAUAAUUUUUCUCGGCGUAAGAUACCUUUCAUCGAACAGCGUUAUUAUACAUAUAUAUUGUGAGAAAAUGCAAUAGAAAAAGAUUUCAUUUAAAAUUUUUGAUAAAAAUGUUUAUACUUUUUGAUGGAAAAUAUUUACAAUAAUGGCAUAUUUUUGCGAUUGCCAAAGGCUCUUUAAAACUAGACGUAGAAUUUGAAUGUGAUGCAAAAUACAUUUUUUAGAUGAAUAUAUAUUUAGGAUCUAAAAACAUCAAAGCGAAGUCGUGAUCUUUUUUAUGGAAAAAAAAUUAAUGAAUGUAUUUUAGCUCAACGUAGUACUUUUUAUAGAAUCCAAAUACAUACUCGUUGUAUAAAA